AACAUGGGAAGUAAGAAGAGGAAGAUGUGACGAACACCACGCGGUAAGGAAGAUUGUAUUUAUACCAGAUCGAUGUUAGUUUUAACCGCCAAAGGAUGGACUCUAGCCGCCAGUUUUACGGAUAUUCACAGCAGUCUGCAGAACAUGCUCCGCAAUAUCUUGGUUACCUGUCGCAGACAUUCAACAGUAACUGGCUUACUGACCCCUACUCGCAGGCGCAAGGGCAAAUGAGACAGCCUACAUAUCAACCUGUACACGAGAUGUCCUCUCUUGGCGCCAAUGGUCCGAGCAUGGGGGAAUUCGCAUACAAAUUCAGCCAUUCAGCCUCUGGUGUGAUAACUGGCGAAGCGGCUAAUACUGCUGCCGCUUCGCUGCCAUCUACACAAUACUUUCCGCCGCUUCCUGCUCCUCUAUCGCAGAUGAGGGAUGGUAACGUCCAUACCAACACCUACCCACAACCAGAACAGCCUCUGUGUACAGAUUCUGCCGUUGGAGAGGUACUCCUCCAAGGUGAACUACGUUGCCCCUUCAAUGCUUGCGGCGACGCAGGUAAUGCCCUUCCUUAUUGCAAGUUGGGCGAUCACCUUCGUAAAUACCACAAGUCGCUCUUUUCUCGUCAUGGCAAAGUGACGGCUUGCCCGUUUUGUCUCCCAUACAAAUGCUUUACCCCGAAUUUCAGCCGGCAUUUCGUUAAACACUGCAAAAGUAAACCUUACACGUGCCACUGCGGCAACCUUGUAACAUGGCGAAUUGAUAACUUCAAGCGCCAUGUUGCGAACAAACAUUCGUGAGGUCAUAUAAUAUCACCUCGCGAAAUUAUCUGUUUGUUGUUACGGUAUGUCAGGAAAUGUGUUUAUCUAUGUCACUUUGUUUAGCGCUGGUCGCUACCUGUAGUCUACUUCAUAGCUAACAUCACUAGCUAAUAUCAUUGUAUUCUACUACUACUAGGUUGGAUUUGUACGGAUUUGUGUAGACAUUGCAUUGCAUUGAUUUGUUUGUCAGUCUUGCU